AGGAUUGAAAGGUUGCUUUAUCGAAAAAUCAUUUUAACAAAUGAAAGUAUUGCUAUAUCCUUUCUUUCAUCACUUUGUAUUUGGUGCCAAUGCUGUAGUGAUUUUGCUCGAGGCGUUGUGAAAUCAUUGUGCAUUGAGGGCAAUGUACUUCUGAGUACAACCACAGAAAUCCUUUCGCUAUGCACCGGCACCACCAAUCUUGCAUUAUGGAUGGCACAAUCGGACUUCAAUGGAAUGACGAAUCCUCUGCUGCAGCCUUUGAAUAACCUCCCCCUAAUGUCAUUGUCACUUAGUAUAUCCUCAAUUUUUUGCCACACUGAAUUUGUCUCCCUUUCUGCUUUCAAGGCUUUCAGUACAGUAACACAUCUUGAAAUUCUCAAUGGCUGGGUGCUAUGUAACUCUACUGUUGGUCUGGAGUAUCUUGAUUGA